GUGCCAACUAUCCCUCUCAGCGGAGUGUUUAGAUUUUUUUCGAUGUCAUUUUAGUGCUGUAGUUAAAUUAGUUUUUCGUACUUUUUCAUUUUUUCCCUCGAAACUAUAUUUGCUAAAUUCGCAACUCAUAUGUCUAUUUAUUGCAUAGAAUUUAAAUAUACCGGAAAUAAAGAAAUUUUAUUUGAAUCUCGUAAUAAAUAGAAAGGGUAUAUCAAUUAUAUGUGUGGCUAUAUGUAAAGUUGAGUCUAGAGUAUUCUUUUGGCAUCAGGUGAUCCUCUCAGGAAGAAGAAAUUUCGAUCUCAUAUUUUUGCUUAGCCAAUUCAGGUUCUAAUGAAACUUCGACCUCGGCUUCCAAACGAUGGAAAUUUGUCAUUUCCGCUGUCUUUAGUAAUGACACUGGUCAUAUGCAUUAUAGGGAGCACACCGCGAACGUGAAAGUUUGCUCAUUUCUAUAAUUUAUUGACAAAUUUUUUUCUGCACUAUUGGAAAAAUUGUUUGCCGAACGAAAAUUUACUGCAGUUCUCCAAUUGUUUGCAAAUUAUUUUCGAAAAGUUUUUUUGGAUUGUUUCUCGAAUUGUUCUUCGAAUUGUUUUCGAAUUGUUCUUCGAAUAGUUUUUCGAAUUAUUUUCAAAUUAUUUUCGAAGAAGAGUUAUGCUUUUAUGGACAAGAAGAAGAAAAUUAUUUUCGCCUGUUUUUCUGUCAAGAAGUAAUCAAAAAUCACAGUGAAGAAAUAAUCUUCAAUGCGAAGAAAAGUUGUAUCUAAUAGAAGAGAAGUUUUCUUCUGAUGAAGAAAAGAGAAAUAGUGAAAAUUUGAACAAUUGAUUAUUGAUUUAAAAAAUUGCGAUUUAAAACUAGAAAAUAAAAAAUUAACUGAUGUUUUCCAGGACAAAAAUAAUAAGAUAAUUUGUUGGGGAAAAUUAGAAAGUUUUAAAUGACAGUUUUGUGGACAAGACGAAAAAAAUCUCGUCGGACACGUAAAUUAUGUGGUUUUAAAAAUAACUUGAGAUAAUUUAAUUGCAUUUGUGUUAAAAAGCAAAAAAAAAAAAAAAAGUGUUAAAAGUGUUGAAAAAGUGGCAAGUUGUAUAAAGGAGAGUCGUGUUCUUUCUUCCUCCUAUUGUCUCAAUUAAGUUUCGUGAGGAAAAUGAUUUAAGUGUGAAGUCAAUGAUGGGUUUAGACUCGAGGAAAUCCACCUUUAGCUGAUAACUGGGCGAUGUAAGGAGCCCCUGUUGCACAAUAAGCAACAUACCCACAGGAUGACACCAACGGGCGGCCGAUCGCGAACUGGUUCGGUUUCGAACCUGGGAGCGACCGCAGCUGCCCUUAGUUCAAAUGAGGAUUGUGCCGAGGUGACUUUAUUCGAGGAUCCCGCCGACGCCGGUGGACGACUUCCGGACCUCGUCGCCGAGAGCCGACUCUAUGAUGUCAAUGAGGAGCCCACCGAAUCUUAUUUGGCAAUUACCAUUCAAGUCUUCAUUCCUUUUCUCAUUGCUGGACUCGGUAUGGUGGGAGCUGGGUUGGUCCUUGAUUUGGUUCAACAUUGGGUAGUCUUUGAGAAAGUGAACGAAUUGAUGAUAUUAGUGCCGGCACUUUUAGGGUUGAAAGGCAAUUUGGAGAUGACUUUGGCCUCAAGACUUUCUACACAAGCAAAUCUUGGACACAUGGACACACCCAAACAACAGUGGCACAUGAUAGUUGGAAACCUGGUAUUAAUUCAGUGUCAAGCAAUUGUGGUUGGUUUUCUGGGAUCAGUAGUGGCCAUCGUGAUGGGAGCCAUACGUAAUAGUGCAGUUUCAUUAGAUCACGCCUACCUCCUCAUCGCCAGCAGUUUAGUAACAGCGUCACUAGCAUCCUUCGUCCUUGGACUAAUUACAGCUGGUGUCAUCGUCUUGUCUCGACAUUGUCACAUAAAUCCGGACAAUGUGGCCACUCCAAUAGCAGCCAGUCUAGGCGAUAUAACAUCUCUCGCCUUGCUUUCUUGGAUCUCGACAAUCCUCUAUGAGGCGAUCGAUAAGCAAGUUUGGCUUGGCCCUCUCAUCAUUGCCUGUUACAUCCUCGUCACUCCACUCUGGGUAUGGAUCGCCAAAAAGAACGAAUACACAAACGACGUUCUCUACACUGGUUGGACACCCGUCAUGGUUGCAAUGUUAAUCAGUAGUUGCGGCGGAUUAAUUUUAGAAUUUAUGGUUUCUCGAUUUGAAAAUUUGACUGUCUUUCAACCAGUUAUCAAUGGAGUUGGAGGAAAUUUGGUGGCAGUACAAGCCAGCAGAAUUUCCACGGCACUUCAUAAGCAAGCUGAUUUCGGAACACUUUUAAUUCCACCGGGACAUACGCAUCCGGUUAUUUUUAUUACGCCAAUUGCGAAUUUUUUUGGGAAAGGUUUGCAUGCAAGGACUACUAGGGUUCUAAUGACAAUGGUUAUACCAGGACAUAUCAUUUUCAUUUACUUGAUUAAUUACAUGAAAGAUGGCAACACAUCUUUAACUCCUCUCUUUGUCUUCGUUUAUUUAUGUGCAGCCGUUUUGCAAGUUGCAGCUCUUUUAUAUAUCGCCUACAUUAUGAUUCACUGGAUGUGGAAGAGAAAAAUUGAUCCUGAUAAUUCGGCUAUUCCGUACUUGACUGCAAUGGGCGAUCUUUUGGGAAUCAGCCUCCUUGCAAUUGCAUUCCAAUUUUUGUACCUUGUUGGAGAUCAAGAAUUUGAUGACGCCUUGGAGCCUUAAUGAGCAAGUGUGCUUCCGAUUUUGGAGUAAAUUCGAAUAGGAAGCAUUUUAUUCUGAAAGAAUAAAGACUGUUUAAUGGCAUUCCUACUUGAGAAUGCUGAGAUAAGAAAGCAUCAAGCAAAAUAUCGUGUCAAGAAAACUUUCCAAGAUUUAUGCUGUUCUUAUCGAAAAUUGUCCGAGUCUUCAUUGUGUAAGUUUUUUAUUCAUUGCAAAAAUCCACGUUGACAAUUGUUUUUACAAUUCCAAAUAUUCAUUUUUUUAUUAUAUCAAAAUCUGGUUAGAAAUGCAAAGCAGAUUUAAUUUUUAUUAAUAUUAGAAUGAAAUUAAAGAAAUAAUUUUAAUAAUUUAUAUAUAAAAUUUUAAAUA